GAAAAUUGAGAGUGGUGUUAAUGAAAAGGAGAAGUCUUGUACACUACCAACAAAUAUGCAUGAACUGACGAAUGUAUGGAUGACAAGGAAUGAGCAUGUUGAUAAACAAGUUCAACAAAAUAUUGUGAACGGAGAAACUCCAUUUAGAGUUGAAG